AUGGCACUUAUCUUCCUGCUUGAAUAUCCUAAUGCAAAAGGGAGGUACAUUUGUUCAUCUGACGAAAUAUCACUCAUUGAGCUGUCUGAAUUUCUUUCUGCUAGAUACCCCAGUCUUCAAAUUCCAACCACAGAGGAAAUAUUUGCGGGGCCGGGAGGGAGCCUUGCUAUAAUAAAGGCGAGCAGUGCAUGA